AUGGAUUUCUCAUACAAUAACGUCGUCCCAAGCUUUAGAUUAGACGGAAGAUUAGCCAUCUUGACCGGUGGUUCUGGUGGUUUGGCUUCAGUUAUUUCAAGAGCUUUAGUGGCUCAAGGGGCUGAUGUGGCCUUGAUUGAUGUCAAUUUAGAAAGAACAGUUGCUGCUGCCAAGGAUGUGUUGAAAUGGGGUGAGGAAACUCUUAAAGGGGAACAUGAAUCAGCUAUUGGUCAAGUUAGUGCUUGGUCAUGUAAUAUUGGUGAUGCUGAAGCUGUUGAAGUUACUUUUACUUCCAUUAAUGAACAUCAUGGAAAAAUCGCUUCAAUCUUGAUUAAUACUGCUGGGUAUUGUGAAAAUUAUCCUGCUGAAGAAUAUCCUGCUUUAAAUGCCGAAAAUUUAAUGAAAGUUAAUGGUUUAGGAUCAUUUUAUGUAUCUCAAUCAUUUGCUAGACCUUUAAUUCAAAAUAGUAUGAAAGGUUCUAUUAUUUUAAUUGGUUCAAUGUCAGGUACCAUUGUUAAUGAUCCUCAACCUCAAGCUAUGUAUAAUAUGUCAAAAGCUGGUGUUAUUCAUUUAGCAAGAUCUUUAGCUUGUGAAUGGGCUAAAUAUAAUAUUAGAGUUAAUACUUUAUCUCCAGGUUAUAUUUUAACUCCUUUAACAAGAAAUGUUAUUUCUGGUCAUACUGAAAUGAAAGAAGCUUGGGAAUCUAAAAUCCCAAUGAAAAGAAUGGCUGAACCAAAAGAAUUUGUCGGUUCAAUCUUAUUCUUAGCAUCUGAAGCUGCUUCAUCAUACACUACUGGUCAUAACUUGGUUGUUGAUGGUGGUUACGAAUGUUGGUAA